AUGUUUCUCUCACGCUUCAGGAGCGACGACGAGGAGGAGGCCGAAGACCUGCUGGCCAGCUUCCUGCCCAUCCUCUUCCCGGACUCGACGACCACCUGCGUCGGCCAGCCGGGCCAGCAGCUCGUCUACUCGUCGCCGGCCUUUGGCGAGCUCGCCCUGACGAUCCCAGUCCAUCCGCGGGACCAGGCAAAGGGGAAGGCAGAGGCAGCAGAGGCGGCAGAGGCGCCGCGGGGGGAGGGAGUCGACCGGGCCUGCAUGCUGUUUGCGCACUUCCUCUGGGGCUCGAGCCUGCUGGUGACCGACGGCAUCGAGAGGGCCUCUUCUUCCUCUUCUUCUACUUCUUCUACUUCUAUUAAUUCCCCCUUUGAAGCUGCGGCUGAUGGUUCAGUAUGGAGCGUGAAGGGUCAUGAUAUCCUCGAACUUGGUGCAGGUGCCGCCCUGUCUUCCAUCGUCAGCGUGCUUGCCGGCGCAGAGUCCGUCACCGUCACCGACCACCCCCUCGCCCCGGGCCUGUACGGCUCGAUACAGGCCAACAUCGACCGGAAUAUACCCAAGCACCUCGCCCACCGCAUCUCCGUCCAGCCGUACCAGUGGGGGGUCCUCGGCCAGGGCGGCAGCGUCGACGAGGAGGAGCUCGAGACCGCGUAUCUCGACCAGAUGGCGGGCUUUGCGGCCGCCAACCGAGCACGGUUUAGCCGCAUCAUCUGUGCAGACUGUCUGUGGAUGCCCUCCCAGCACGAGAACCUGAUCCAGACCCUGCUCUGGUUCCUCGCGCCCUCUUCAGGUUCGCCUGCAGGCAUCGCAUGGGUCGUGGCAGGUUUACACACCGGCCGACAUAUCGUAGCCUCCUUCUUUCAAAAGGCCGUCUCUGCCGGUCUGAAGAUCGAGAAGAUAUGGGAGCGAGACAUGAAUUCUACCGAGGGAGAGACGACGAGGGAGUGGAAGCCCGUUCGAGAGGACGAAGGGCCGGAGAACAGAGCUCGAUGGUGCAUCGUGGGCUUGCUCAGCAGGUAG